GCCAUCCACGGCAGUAGUAAAACAAGUGUUCGUGCUUGGAGUACCUCUAGGUCUAUAUUUCCACGGCGGAACUUGGGAAUUGAACUGUAAUUCUCGUGAAGUAACCUAGAAACUGUCAUUUUCUCUUCCUCUUCAAGGCUGACUACGGAAAACGGGGAGGCACGGCCCAUCAUAUACCACUUGAUAAUCGGUCCGUGAUCGCCAUUACGGCGGGGGAAAAUGACGCUAAUGAAUCGCUGAACCACCCUGCAUGGCUUAGUCAGCUGGUUGCUGGAAGGACAUACAUCCCCGACGCAGUACUGACAAGGAACUUCCAUCAUGACUGACUCUGAGGUCUUCGUCACCGACAUUGCUACCACGGUGGUGGAUUUAUUUGCACCCACAAACUUUAGUGAGCGGGUGGCGAGCACGAACUCUCCCGUCUUCGUGUACAGUUCUCCUCGAUACGACACCGGUACCAACACCAGUCUGGACAAUGUUACCGACCCACCACCCAUGGCUGGGUUCCCGGAGAGCUUCGAGACCACGAUACGGAUCGUGGUACCGACGAUCAUUGCCAUCAUUGCCAUCAUUGGACUGAUCGGUAACGGCACGGUGCUCUACAUCAUCUUCAAGUACCGGGAGAUGCAGAACAUUACGAACUAUUUCAUAGCCAAUCUGGCUGUGACAGAUGUGGCCAUGUUGGCCAUUUGCGCCAUCCCCACCGCAGCCAACAUUGCCGGCAUGCCCAUCGGCGAGGGACUCUGCAAAGGCAUCAACUACAUGCAGUUUGUGACAGUGCAGGCCACGUGUUGCACCCUGACAGCUAUGUCCAUCGACCGGUACCUACUCAUUGUCCACGCCGUUAAAUCCAGGAACACCAGAACCACCACCAGGGCCAUCAUUGUCAACGUUGCUGUUUGGAUUGGUUCUUUUAUCGUGCAUAGUCCAGUUGCCAUCUUCUACCGCUUGGAGAAAGGCGAUUGCUAUCUAUACAUGGGACAUGACGGCGCAGGUGCCCGGUUCUAUUACUUGGGCUCCUUUCUCUCCAUGUACGUGGUCCCUUUGGUCGUUAUUCUCAUGUGCUACGCCAAAAUUCUUGUCAUCGUGUGGCGGAAAACCUCAGCCGGUACGGAGAGCGCCCAGGCGCACGAGCGGUCCAUCCGCCAGAAGCGCAAGAUCACUCGCAUGGUCUUCAUCGUGGUGCUGCUAUUUGCCGUCUGCUGGGCGCCCAUCCACUGCAUCCUACUUUGGGAUAAGUUCCGGAAGAACUUCGACCUGAGUUUGACGACCGAAAUGGCCGUGACAGUCCUGCGUCUCUUUGCGUUUUGCCUGUCCUACGCCAACAGUCUGACCAACCCCUUUAUAUACGCCUUCACCACUGCCAGUUUUAAGAAACACUUCAAGCGUGUACUGUCCUGCUCAACCCGCAACGAAACCACUGACACGAAAAGCAUGGGCCCCUCCAACACCUACAAGAAGAUUGGCAAAUUCCUGGUCGAGUCCCAGUCAACUUUCAAAACAAGACAGCCUGCACAGGACGUGUAGCGGCACCAUACCGGCAAAGACAGCGCCACGUGUGCGCUUUAAAGAUUUGAAUUUGCCGCGUCUUCAAAACUCCUUGACAGUACGUUCUUGUUUUUCGUGUUUGUCCUCAUAAGCAGUAUGAAUAUGCUUCGCUUAUCGUUACGUACACAAAGCAAAGUAUGUGUAUUUGCGCAAUGUGUGUGAUUUGUUUUAAGUCAAAUACGGGCAAUUAUAUACAAUGCGAUACUACGAGGCUCUUUCUACUGUACACCUAUGCUGAAAUGGUUUAAGCAUCAAAUUGUUUCACGGAAACAGGUUGUUUUUAGGCUGAGUGUUUUUACUCUUCUGUUCCUUAGAAGUAGGUUUCAACUUAUAAAGAAAUAUAUAUAUAUAUGUAUAUAUCAAUACUUCACCCAUUAGUCUAGCACAUGACCGUCCACUAAAGUGAAUGUAUUAUCGAAUUUCCUGAUUUGCUGACCAAGUUCCUUUUCACCGACAACAUGACUCGAACGUUCUUAUUGUGCCUCUUUCCCGAAUAUAUUUCCUUUUUUUUUUUUAAUAUUCACCGCGGAUGACUUUUUUCUUCGGCGCUCCAACACUGUAUUCUCAAUUGUAAUGUAUGUAACGGGAAUUGUGCUCUCUGCGGUGCCUCUCAAAGAGAUAAGAGUAAAUAUAAUGGUUUUGCAUUUAAAGUGAUAGUAAACACAAUCAACUAGUUUCUCCGGCAGAGGCAAUUCGUAAUAAAAAUUCUGCUCAUUUUAUUCAAACGAGAUUGUUUUUGGUAAGCCAUUUGUAAAUAUCUGUUAAUCCCGGCUAAAUUCAAGGAUAAUGUAGGUUGGACAAUGCUUGUCUUGAUAUCAAAUGUGCUUUGCGAGUGCUUAUAUGAAUUCUCCAUUUGGUAUAUUUAGGUUAUCGGUACUAAAGGGUAUUCUUGUAAAAUUAUGUAUUGUAAAAAAGAAAAAAAAAGAAAAAAAAAGAUUAUUAUUCACUGUUUAAAGAGAGCUCUUUCAAAGGCACAAAAGCCGAGUGCGAAAACAUCCUUGCUGAAAUCAAUGACACUCCUCGGUGUUGUUAAUGAAUCCUGGAUAUUAAUGUUUUUGUAUCACUGUUUAAAUUCCAGCGGUUUUCUGUGUUUUAAAGUUAAAGUGAGAGGUUUCCACGACAAGCUAACUAUUGGAUUCAAUAAAAAUCCGCCAAAAGUACAUAUGGAAAUUAGACUCUGGGUGAAAGUAUAAAAAAAGGAAAUCCCAAAAAUUGACAAAUUAUUAAGUAUUCUUUGAAUUUUGUAUUUAAGCAUAUUACACAUUGCCUUAAAAGUGAUCAGUUUUAUGUUAAGUAAAUUAUUUCCCCCAUAAUUUUGUGCCUCGAUUUUAAAUACUAAUCGAAUUCCUAUUAACAAAAUAAGUUAGAGGUGUAAAAUAGAACCCUGUCAUGUUGAAGAGUACGCUUCUCCGCUGUCUCAUAUACAACCGUUUUUAUAUCUAGACUGUUAACAAAUAUUGUCUGCGGCAAAAUAGAGACUAUAGGAAGAAAUUACACGUCUUAAACUUGAUGGUUAUAUUGCUUUCAGUGCUUACAUAAUUAUGAUUAAUGUCUGGUCACCACUAAUGAAAACUUGCGGUGAUUAGAAAGAGUAGGUCUUCAUUUGUUUUUAGGCCUAUAUACACAAGUCUAAAAAGGAGCAAAUCUUGGUUAAUGACUAAAUCAACCUCGUUUGUUAUAUGUGUACUUUUUUUCCUGACCAGGUCUAGUGGAUCGAUUGUUUUGAUCAUAGGUAAUGAGACAGGCCAGGUAGCGUGACAGUAACUUGCCAUUACGCGGGGGAAUGAGAGAAUUUGAUUUUGAUAUUACCUUGAGGCAUUGCUUGAUCAAUAUUGACCAAAGAUGAAAAUGUCUCAGAGACGAACAUCCAUUUUCUGUCGUUACAGCUCACCAUUACCUGUCAUGGCUGACCUACUUUGUGACAUGUUCUGUCUUGAGGUACGGGACUUGAGGGAAAAAAAGGUUCUUGCCCGCUUCCUUUGGACAUGACACAGACAUGUCAUCUGCAUUCUCGUGAUCAAUAUCAGUUGCAUCUGGCGUAGAAUCGGGACAUUAACCUUUUCCUGUAUGUAAUAAUCUCGAUGACAGCUUUAAAAAUAGAUGGCUGCCUCCAGGCAAAACCAGGUGCGAAACUGCAUGCCAGCAAUUUACCGAUAUAUGUAGCUUGAGGGGAAUUUUUCACUUGUGUAACUUGGGACCAAUUUUCAGAAGCAGAACAUACAUAACUUUUAUACGCGAUGUUUUGGGCUAGUGACAUAGACACAGGUUCAGAGUUAUCAAAUAAAGAACAUCGGGAAAUCUAUUAGGAAUCAUCAACGAAACAGGUUUUCUAACGGGUUGUUAAUGUUGUUCAGACUGACGUUCAACGAACGGACGGAUUUCUCAACUCUGACUUUAUUUUAUACGAAACCGAUACUUACGACUUAACGUACAGACACACAUCGACGACAUACCUUGCCUUACUGUAAAAGUGGGAGGGGCGGGGGUCGUUGUGGUUUGAUAUUUUGUUACCCUUUCCGAUGAAAGUUUGAUCUUGGAACCUUUAAAAAUGACAUACAAAGGUACUUAAACAGAUCGAAUCAUAAAAGGUAAGCCUUGUCCACGACAAACAGGUCUGUUUGGAUUUGUUUGGCCGCGUUUGCAAGUUUUGUUUUUGCUUUUUUUUUGGGGGGGGGAGGCAGAGGCUGCGAAUUGAAAUGCUUUUUAUAUGGAUGUUAAAUGCACAUGUUUAUUGGACCCACUAAUGGGUCGAUCUAUAGCGAGAAUCCUAAGUGGAAUGUUUGAUCCAUGAGAAUCCUAAGUGGAAUGUUUGAUCCAUUGGGAGAGUAUUCAACUGCCCAAUCCGUAGCAAUUCUGGGAGUAGGUACUAGGCAGAAAUAUAUAAUGACUUUUUGGGAGAAAAUUAACUUAGUAAUAUGAAUAUGAAGUCUGGUUCAAAUUAAAAAAAAUAAUAGAAGUCAACGAAACUGAUACUUUUAAUCGCUACAAUAAUGCGAUACAUUUUUCAUGACUCAGGUCUCGAUAAUAACUUGAUUGGUAAUAUCAAUCAACUUCCUGGUAAUACCAAGCAACUUCUUCUCGAGAUCUCUGUCAUGAAAAAUGUAUAUAUUUUAGUAAUUAAAUAUCUGUUUCGUUGAUUUUAACCCUUCCAAAUUGGAUGUAUAAUGGUCGAAAAAAAAGAAGAACACAAGCGCAAAAGUAAUUUGCGCAAUUGCUGGUUUAAUAUUUUUCCCCGACCACGUAAUCAACAUCAAGUUUGGAAAGGUCACUCGAAUUUGUAUUAUCCCGGGUAAUGUGAUUAUUAAUUUUCCUCUUUUCUUAUAAUAGUGAUAUUGUACUUAACUUAAAAUCGGUUCCGGCAAGUAUCGAUGCGAUGUUAGCUUUGAAGACGUGUUUGAAAGGAGGUCUACUAUUUUUAAUUUGAAAUCUCAAAACCAAAAGCACCGGAGGAUAUUUAUAAUAUCAAUGAUCUCGAGACUGUCUUUAACGCUAUCAUUGUUUAAUUUUCUUAAAUCAUUCUUAGUUAAUGAUUUAUGGUUUACAAUGUAUUUACCUUCCUUUUUGCUAACCAGUUGGAAAGUGGUCAUAAUUGUGUGCUUUGUCUCCGAUUGUGAAUGGGAAAAAGAAAAUAUAUGAUGUUGUCCAUGAUAAGUAACAAUUCAGAUAAUAUCCGCAAUGAAGUUUUAUUUCUGUACAGAGUGUAAAUGAUAAAAUAUUAUUAUUAUAUCAAAGUAUCAGAUUUGUUAUGAGGAACUCGCUGUUUAUAAUACUCGUUGCUAAUUAUUUACGUACAUAUCGUAUAAUGUCGAAAUCUGGACUGGUAUUAAUUACAGUGUUCUAAAGUGAUACAUGUUGCUGGAAAUGUGGAAGGUGAAAUACCACUCUUGGCAAAUGCACCUUCGUUGUCAACAGCUAUUGGAAUUUGGACCCGAUACAGUGUUAGGAUUCUCCAUUCAACAGUUUAAAAGGGGUAUUUUCUUCAUCCAGAUGUCCUUUUAUAUUGACUCAGCCGGUUACGAAACAAUACCUCGCAUAUUUUGGGACGGGUUCGUUACCUACGAAGGACGAAGUUAUAGCGCCCAUUAGAGAUGGUACACGUACUGGAUACACGUAUGCCGCUGGGACAAAGUUGCUUGUUAGAUCUCUUAUUUGUAUAUAGCUGUUUCAUCUGGCACCUCGUGGGCAUGAGCGUUUCACAUCAACAUUUUAAGGUGUAUUUAUUUGGGUUUAGUGAAGUAACCCCACAAACGGGUGAUAUAUCCAGCUGGGUUUUUUUGCGAGCCUGUUACGCAUCCCGUACCCGCUCCAUUUCUAAUGGUCCCUAUUAAUUACUAUACGAAUGUUCCAUACGGAAGUUGCUGAAGCUAUGCGAAUGACUAUUAAAUGCUAUGGUUUGUGCAGAAGUCCCAGUUGGGCUUAUGUUUUCUUCUUUGUUUUUUCCUAAUGUCAUGCCACCCGAAAAAAAUCAAAGAUCGCACAUUACACUGGGCAUUUUGUUUAAUAACUUUCAAAAAAGGACUUCUGAUUAAUUAAGAACUUUUAAUUGUUUGUAUGUAAGGCUCUGUAGAGGAAUAUGUGCAAUGGGGCUACAUUUGUAACUUUUGCAUUUCAAAACUUUGUUUGGUGCUCCUGAAUAUAUUUCUUUCUUUUUUUAUCGUUGUUUGCAUUCACAAAAGCGAUGUCAGCAUGACAGGAUUAGUUGUAAGGAUCCCUCAGACGGGCGUGUGUAUUUACGAAGGCACAUUGUUAAGCGGUCCUGAUAAGUAUAGUCCCAAGCGGGUAGUUUAAUCAACUUAAACGGCUCAAAUUUAUUAACAACUCUCAGAUAUAGUCACACCAUGAGCUACCUGGGAAGCUCAUUUGAUAAGGUGUAUUGGCGUUGCAUAGUCGAAUCAACUACGGUAAAAUGUAUUUCUCACUCGAAUAUUAUAUAAAUUAUAAUUUCGUUCCUUUUAAUUACGUGGUUGAUCUUUUUUUUUUUACAAGAGUGCAGGUAAAAAUCUACUACUACUUUGGGUGAUGUUGGUGCAUGCUAACAACAUUUAAGAAUGCGUUAUUCAGUGAAAUAUAAAACUUUUAAUUGUGCCGUUUGAUAACAAUGUAUACCAUGCAUGCAAAGUCAUUCGCAUUAUGAGGAAUCUGAGUACCUAAUUAUGCUCUUGGAUGUAUCUCUGGCGCCACUGUCCAAAUCCUGUCCAAUCCAUUUGAGCGUUAUUUCCUUGUUCAUAUGCAUACUGAUGAGCACGAAUAUACUAACAAUCCCUGAUGAGAAUCGAUCCGCCGCGGUUUUGAUAAUAGAAAUCGACUAGAAUAAUUAGCGCACCUGUGUGCCCGGAAGACAUCAGUGCAUGAUUGUGGAGGGUGGAAGCGUAACUCCCCAUCCACUGUUUCCCUGUUGGUAUGGGUAUGGAAUAAAAGACACGCAAAAGUACAACAGGACACAAAAUACAUGUAGACAACUAAGAACAGUUUGAAUAAACGCAUAGACUGACUGAUGUUUAUGACAUCCGUGUAUAUAGUGCUGUUAAUGUCGUAUUUUAAUGUUGAAAAAGUAUAUUUGUUUCUAGGUUGAAAGCUGUCAUCUCACUCAUACUGAGAGAACUGAUGAAAACCGACUUUUGACAAACGAGUACUAGGAAAGACGUGAAUUAUUAUUAAAAUGUCUCCGGUUUUUCUCCUGCAAAAUAAACAAAUUAUAUAUAUAUAACCAUUACAAUAAAUAGCAUGUCGAUGUAUAAAAAAAAUGUAUGGCGUGUAAAAACAGAUUUAAAAUAAAU